GAAACUUUUUCGUUAAAGGUGGAGUCAUGUAACACAAACUCCAGUAACCGAUCCGAAGAGGCAGAGGACGGACGACAACUUCUUUAAUUAUUCACAAGGACAGUAAAAUAGCUUUACAGAUUUGUCCAGUGGGGAUUUUCUCGUCGCUAAAGCUUUGUUAGAAGGUUUAGUUGUCGUUGUUUUGUUUGUAAAAUCAAUGUUUAUAAGAGGUCUUGUGAAAUGAGAUGGCUGCCACGAACUGGUGCUUUUAGAUGGAGAUUUGAGGAACCGGGGUUGCUGAGUGGAUCACGGAUUUGACGGAAAAGUUAAAGUAAGAAGCAUGGAUAAGUGGGCAGGAUAAGAACAGAUAGUGGAAGCAAGUAUCAGGUGCAUCUAUUUUAGUCACACCCUUUCUCACCUGAGGCAAUCAAGGUACAAACUCCAAGUUGCAUUUUACACCUGGAAGUUUGCUUCAUACCUGGGAGCUAACUUCACUCCUAUUCCAGUCAUUUUAUGGCAGUAUUACACCUUCAUGAUGAAUGAUGGACAUCAUCUCAUUCUGUGUUCUAGAGGACAGGAACAAGCAGUAUAUGAACAAUCCUUUGCAAACUCACUGUCCAGAAAACAUGGACUCUUUCAGCACUAAGAACCUGGCCCUGCAGGCCCAGAAGAAGCUCAUGAGCAAGAUGGCUACGAAGACAGUGGCUAACCUGUUCAUCGAUGACACGAGCAGCGAGGUGCUUGAUGAGUUGUACCGUGUUACCAAGGAGUACACACGCAACCGAAAGGAAGCACAGAAGAUAAUCAAGAACCUCAUCAAGAUCGUAGUGAAAUUGGGCGUGCUGUACCGCAAUGGGCAGUUUAACAGCGAGGAGCUUCUGCUUGUUGAGCGCUUCCGCAAAAAGGUGCACACACUGGCCAUGACUGCAGUCAGCUUCCACCAGAUCGACUUUACCUUUGACCGACGUGUCAUGAGCAGUCUCCUAAACGAUUGCCGUGAGCUGUUGCACCAGGCUAUCAACAGACACCUCACAGCCAAAUCACAUGCCCGUGUCAACCACGUCUUCAACCACUUCUCCGACUGUGACUUCCUGGCAGCUCUCUACGGCCCCUCUGAGAUCUACCGUGGCCAUCUGCAGAGGAUCUGUGAUGGUGUGAAUAAAAUGCUGGAUGAAGACAACCUUUGACCCUUAAUUUUUGUCUCCCUGAGGCCUUAUAUUUUGUCGGGUUUUUAUUGUAUGUGAAUAUUUUCACAUUUCUAUUAUCUGUUUUUUGUUAUGCCACACCCAGCCUCAACUUCCGCAGUGCUCUUUCUGACUGAAUGUUCUCCUGCGUGGGGAGAACAGCAGCUGCAUGUUUUACAUGACAAUUCAACACGCUUGGUCAAACCAUUAAAAGAAGAGGACAACCCAGACUUUAAACACGCACUCGUAUCUGGAAGGAUUAAUCAGGAGUGCUGGUUGAGCUUUAAAGUUGAAGUAGCACAUGGUUUCCCUCAUUUGCUUUCUUCUUGAAGUUUUAAAAUGUGUAAUUUUAUGCACUAUAAUUAUUACACCGAAGGAGAUUUUACACUUGUUCCUCUAGGAUUAGAUUGAAGUUUGCUUUCAUUUGGUAGCUAGAAAAAUAAUGUCUGCUGCAGUUGUCCUCAGAAGCCCAAUGUAAGCAAUCUCUCAAUGCUAAGCCUAUAAUGUUUAAUACCCACAUGAGUCAUGUGACACAAUGCAAGAACAUAAAUGAGCUUUAUGUGGUCAACAAACCGGUUUAGUAUGUAUGGAAUGGUCAUGUAUCGGCAAGUCCUUGUCAUGUAUGUAUUUUCUUUGUUUUAUUCUUCGCUGUGACCUUUUCACCCUGAUGCAGUUCCUCUUUGGGAAUGAAGGCAAAAUGAGCAUUUUCCAUGUACAACUAUUUCAUUCCUUUUUUGUUUUAAUAAUUUUAUUACUGAGCCCUUUUUGCUAUACUUCUUUCUUUUUGUGUGUGUAUGUGGCUGUCGCUAGUCACCUCCAUGACUCGGCCAAAGAGAUGCAAUGCAGAAUUUUAUUUCAAGGGCAGGAAGGAACAAACUCUAGCAGGCGUGCUGAUCUAGGGGUUAAAGUUAUCAGACGCAUAACAUGACACUCCAGCAGUCUGUAUUUUUAAUGUAUCUAGAGAUAGUGAUGAGACAUUUUACAUUUCCCUGAUGACAUGAGCAACUGUUAAAUGAAGGACCUCAGUGAACAGGAGUAUUUCUAUAGGUGAUCUGUAGGUGUUUAAAACAUUUUCCGGCUGUUUCUGUCAGAUCCUGCCCUGUGCAUCAAGGUGUGAUACGAUGUUUGCUUUCAAAGUUUUAUAAAUGAUCAAACAUAGAUGUCAAUAUUGAUGCUCACCGUCCAAAGGUAAACAUGAACCAUAAAUGUUUUACACAUGAAUAGUGGAAUUUUUUUUUUUAAUAUAUAAAUGGUGUAUGUAAAAUUUGGUUUUGACUGUGACACUAAAAGUAAUUGUUAUGAAGGCACAGAGCUUGAAGCUGAAAUAAAACCAUAUUAGUAAACAGCA